AUGGCCUUGACCUCGCGAUCCGCCCGCCGGGCGUUGAAGCUGGCCCAGAAGACUGCCCGCCCAUUGCGGGUCUACGCUCGCUCCUACGCCACCUCUGAGCCCGACCUCAAGACCGCCCUCAAAGAAGUCAUCCCCGAGAAGCGCGAGCUGCUCAAGCAGGCCAAGGAGCGCGGCGAUGAGGUCAUUGGCAACGUGACGGUCUCCAAUGUCAUUGGGGGCAUGCGCGGCCUCAAGGCCAUGCUCUGGGAGGGCUCCGUGCUGGACCCCAACGAGGGCAUCCGCUUCCACGGCCGCACCAUUAAGGACUGCCAGAGGGAGCUCCCCAAGGGCCCGUCCGGCACCGAGAUGCUCCCAGAGGCCAUGUUCUGGCUGCUGCUGACCGGCAAGGUGCCCUCGACCGCCCAGGUGCGCGCCUUCUCGCGCGAACUGGCCGAAAAGUCGCAUCUGCCCGAGCACAUCCUCAACCUGAUCAAGUCGUUCCCCAAGGACAUGCAUCCCAUGACGCAGCUGUCGGUCGCCGUGGCGGCGCUCAACACUGAGUCGGUGUUCGCCAAGGCCUACGAGAAGGGCCUCAACAAGGCCGACUACUGGGAGCCGACGUUCGACGACAGCAUCUCCCUGCUCGCCAAGAUUCCUCGUGUGGCGGCCCUGGUCUUCCGUCCGGACGAGAUCGACACCGUGGGCCGACAGCCCCUGGAUCCCAACCAGGACUGGUCGUACAACUUUGCAGUGCUGCUGGGCAAGGGCGGCAAGGAGAACGAGGACUUCCACGAUCUGCUGCGGCUGUACCUGGCGCUGCACGGCGACCACGAGGGCGGCAACGUGUCGGCGCACACGACGCAUCUGGUCGGCAGCGCGCUCAGCGACCCGUUCCUGAGCUACAGCGCCGGUCUGCUGGGUCUGGCCGGUCCUCUGCACGGUCUGGCGGCGCAGGAAGUGCUGCGCUGGAUCCUGGCCAUGCAGGCCGAGAUUGGCCCCAACUUCACCGACAAGGACGUGGAGAACUAUCUGUGGAACACGCUGAAGUCCGGGCGCGUUGUGCCUGGCUACGGCCACGGCGUCCUGCGCAAGCCGGAUCCUCGAUUCCAGGCCCUGAUGGACUUUGCCGCCACGCGGCCCGACGUCCUCGCGAACCCGGUCUUCCAGCUCGUGAAGAAGAACUCGGAGAUUGCCCCGCGCGUGCUGACGGAGCACGGCAAGACCAAGAACCCGCACCCCAACGUCGACGCCGCCUCCGGCGUGCUGUUCUACCACUACGGCUUCCAGCAGCCGCUCUACUACACCGUCACCUUUGGCGUCAGCCGCGCGCUGGGGCCGCUGGUGCAGCUGAUCUGGGACCGUGCGCUGGGGCUGCCGAUUGAGCGGCCUAAGAGUAUUAACCUGUUGGGGUUGUUGGAGAAGAAAUAA